AUGCGGUCAAGCUCAUUGGAAAAUGAAAUCUCGAAUUUGGAUACCUCAAUAAACGAGGAUGUAGCAAGAGCUGGACUAUUUGAACAUCCCAAUGCAUCAGAUAGUAUCAGGUUACGAGACUUCGCCCACGACUCGACAUCUCAGCAGCAGCAUCAUGUUGUUCAACACGUCACGCACGACGUCGACGAAGAAGAUGUCCCCAUAGCGCAAGAGGAGGGGAAACCUCAGCGUCCAACCAUACUUCCUCGUCCAUCGAGUAUAGCCCGCCAUGCCUCCUUCCUCGAUGAAGACGAAGCCCCACCUACUUCUCCAUCUCCAUCUCACACACCCACCAAACAAGACAAACCCGGCCCCGUAGCCUGGCGCGAUCUUCCCAAAAAGUCCCAACUCGCAAUCCUAACCCUCGCCCGCCUCUCCGAACCCCUGACACAGACAUCCCUUCAAGCUUAUAUGUUCUACCAGCUCAAAUCCUUCAAUCCGUCCCUCCCUCCCUCCACAAUCUCGGCCCAAGCGGGUAUGCUGCAGGGCAGCUUUACCGCCGCGCAGUUCGUGACUGCUAUACUGUGGGGAAGGAUGGCAGAUGCGGAGUGGGGUGGUAGAAAACGGGUGCUGUUGAUUGGAUUGGCGGGGACAGCGGUCAGUUGUGUAGGGUUCGGGUUUAGCAGGACGUUUUGGCAGGCGAUGGUUUGCAGAACGUUGGGGGGCGCGUUGAAUGGGAAUGUGGGGGUUAUGAGAACGAUGAUUAGUGAGAUUAUAAAGGAAAAGAGGUUCCAGUCGAGGGCCUUUCUGUUGCUGCCGAUGUGUUUUAAUAUUGGAGUCAUUAUUGGACCAAUCUUGGGUGGAUUGCUUUCAGAUCCUGUGAGGAGUUAUCCGAGUGUCUUUGGGGGCGAGUCACUGUUUGGAGGGGAGAAUGGGGUUUUUUGGCUGGAGCAUUGGCCUUAUGCUCUUCCGAAUCUGAUGAGUGCGGUCUUUCUGUUCAUUUCUGCCAUGGGAGUCGUGUUCGGGCUUGAAGAGACACUCGAAGCCAUACGAGACCAACCAGACCUGGGUCUCCGCCUCGGUCACUCCAUCGUCAACGCCUUCCGUUACCUUUUUUGCCAAAACACUCACCGUUAUACCGCCAUCAAUGCUGACGAUGACCUGGGCUCCCCAAUGGAUGGCUCUCGGCUUGACUCGUACGAACUCGAAUCGCGCCUCCCCAAAUCACCUACCCAGAAACCGAAGCCAAGACUUAAACUGCCAUUGUCCCGCAUCUGGACCCGCAACGUCCUCUGCACCCUUCUCUGCCACUCGAUUCUAGCUCUCCACAUCGGUACCUUCAACAAUCUCUGGUUCAUACAUCUCUCGGCGCCCCGCUUCGAUCCGGAGAGCCCAUCUCCACCUUCUCACACACGGCAAUCCCUGCCUUUUGGCUUCACGGGCGGACUAGGGAUGCCUCCUCGCAGCGUCGGAUUCGCCAUGGCUGUCCUUGGCGUCAUUGGAAUAAGCCUACAGCUUCUUGUCUACCCGGCUGUAAACGCAAGACUCGGAACCCUGAGAAGCUUUCGCUAUAGUCUUUGCCUCUUCCCACUCACCUACACUUUGACGCCAUACCUCUCCAUCAUCCACUCCUCCCUUGCUCCACCGAAUCAGGCCUCCGGUAUCCUGGUCUGGCUCGCGUUAAGCUGCGUCUUGUUGGUCCAAGUCGUCGGCCGCACAUUCGCCCUACCCGCUACCAUCAUCCUUAUCAACAACUGCUCCCCACACCCAAGUGUGCUGGGUACCAUUCACGGUAUUGCGCAGAGCGUCAGUAGUGCGAGUAGGACGGUAGGGCCAAUCUUGGGGGGGUGGGGUUAUGGGAAGGGAUUGCAGGUGGGAGUUGUUGGGGCCGUUUGGUGGGCGUUGGCUGUCGUCGCGGGGGUGGGUUGGCUUUUGAGUGGCCUGGUCCGGGAAGGGGAUGGGCAUGAGAUCUGGUUGGAUGGGGAGAAGGAGGAGGAAGGGGGCAAUGAAGUGGUUCGAUGA